AUGUCAGUGGAUUUAAGCGCAGGUUUAAUUCCAUCAGUCUAUCGUGAUCUAUUUGAAAUGGUUAAUUUACAUGGACUUGAUAAAAUAACACUUACUGUAUUUAUAUCUGUAUUUGAAUCAAAUACAUUAACAAAAAAUAUAUUAAAUCAAAUUUGGAAUGCAGUUAUAAAAACAAAUUCAAUUUCAUCACGUAAUGAUUUAUAUAAAUGUUUGGCAUUAAUGGCACUCGCCCAACAGGGGAAAAAUGUUGAUGAAAAAUUACUCAAUAAUUAUGUAAAUCGAGAAUUCCCUAUUCCAACACUAGACACGAUCAAUAAUCUAGAAGAUCGUUUACUUCGUAUUUUACGUAGUGAACAAGGAAAAAAUGAACUUUGUUUUCGUUAUGGUGAUCUAUGUUCAUUAGAUACAAUUCAAGUUGAUCUUGCAGCUGAAAGAGGUUUUAUUAAAAAACAUUUCGAAUAUGAUGUAUCAAGCCUGCGUCACAAAAACAAAGUCAUACGUCGAUAUAAUGACUUUCUUGCAUUAAAUGAAUUAUUGAGUUUAAAAUAUCCCUUUCGAAUAAUACCACAACUCCCACCAAAAAAAGCCGUUAAUGUUGAUAAAGAAUUUAUUGAAGAACGUCGUCGUUCAUUAAAAAGUUAUCUGGAAAUAUUAUGUCGACAUCCAAUUAUUUGUGAAACAGAAAUAAUUAAAUUCUUUUUAACUUUCCAAGGAACGUCAUGUGGUGAUAAUAUGAAAGCAACAUUUAAGAAUACACUUGAUGAAUUUAGUCAUGAACCACCAACGUCAUCAAGUUCUAUUGAUAGAAUUGAAAGACAUGAAGAAGAUUCAAAUGGUAUUCGAAUGUUUCAUAUAAGUCAAACACAUAUAUCAUUUCUUCAUCAGCAAUUUUCUCAAAUUCGAAUUUAUGUUAAAAAUAUUAAUGAGAGAAAUUUUAAAACUGCUGAAGAAUAUUUUCGAAUUGAAAAAGCUUUACAAUCAAUUAGUACAGAUUCAACACAAGUUCAACGUUGGGCUACAGGUCCGAAUGAUUAUUGGCCAACAAUACAAAAUGGCCUUAAUGAAUUGCCUAUUGAAAUAAAUGCUGUUGCCGAACGUAUUAAAGAAGAAUGUAUACAUGAAGAUGAAAUUAUUAAUGAUCAUCUUGAUAUGUUAAUUGAAUUACUUCAAGGAUAUAAAGAUUUAUGUAAACGAUUUGAAGAUGCAUUACAAAUUGAACAACGAGCUAUUCAUAAAGCAUCAAAUCAAAAUAGACGUUCAUUAUCAACAACUGAUGUGUCAUCGAAAAAUGAUAAUAAUAAUCUUGAUAUGAUUGAAAAACGUAAUAAUCAUGCACUUAAAUGUAUACAAAUUGAAACACAAUUAAUCUACGCGAAUUUAGAAGCAUUUGUUUAUAUUCUAAGUGGUUUAGGAAAUAUUCAAUCUAAAGUCUCAUCUGAUCUUCUCAAUGUUUGGAAAUCAUUUUCGAAUAAAAUCUCUCAACUUGGACAAACAUAUAUCAAUAAAUCAUCCAUACAACGAGCAACUACAAGUGGAUUAAAAAAUACUUAA